UAUUUUUCCUUUAAAUAAUUUUAAUACUAAAUUUGGGAAUAUAAAUAGGCAUACCAUAAUAAGCAACCAGGCUUAAGAUGUGGUAAUUUAAUAUUUAACAUAUAUAGCAUUAAAAAAUCAUACUCAAUAUCUUAAUUAUAUGGUUGAUUCAUGAGUACUUUGUUAAGGGAUUUUGUAUUAGAAUAUAUGUAGAUUUAAUUGUCGUUGGUUUGGACAUGUUAUUUUUGAAUAAUUAAUUUAAUUUUCAAAAAAGAAACUCAGGUAAACAGUACCCGUGAGUGGGUAUUUUGUAGGGUAUUUUUGUUUUGAACAUAUGAAUUUAGGUUAUUUAAUUUAAUUUUUUUAUUUAAAUAAUUUUAAUACUAAAUUUGGGAAUAUAGCUUGGCAUACUAUAAUAAGCAACCAGGUUUAAGUUGUGGUAAUUUAAUAUUUAACAUUUAUAUUAUUGAAAAAUCAUAGUCAAUAUCUCAAUUAAUCCCUUCUCCUAGGAGGCAGCUUAAAUGAUAGCUGGAGAAGUUCCAUGUAUAAAAGUAAAUAAAUUUAAGUUUUUUUUAACCAUAUUUUAAAAUCAAACUUUAAAAUUAAACUUUGAUUGACAUUGUCCAUUAGUUUUGGGGUCGACCACUACAAGUUGUUCCGUAACUUUAACCUGUUCAGUUUUUCUUUUUCUUUUUGUAAGUCGAAUGAGGUUUAUUCAUAGCUGAUUCCUCUCAUUUAACGGUUAUUUUGAUUUCAAGGCUUGCUGUUCAGCUACAACUUUGUGGACUUGGGUAUAUUAAAAGUCUUCAUAACGUACUUCACAUACACAAGCGGUUAUAAACUCAAGAAAGCUGCAGCAUUUGUGAAUAUUCGGGAGGGGCUAUCAGCUUCACUUGAAUUCAUCCACAAUAAAUACGCUUUUCUGAGUCACCUCAAACUCAUUAUAUGUUCAGGGGUCUCCUUCUCUUGUGGAUUGUUGUUUCUGUACUUUACAGCCUUGCAAAAAUUUCCAGAUUCAAAGACUGACAUAUUGAACAUAACUGGAGUGGUUCUGUUAGCAGUGGGUGAACCUGGAUUGAAGACUUUCUUGAUGGCAUUUUUUGCUGAUCAGCUGAGAGCCCAGGAACCGAAACGAUACGUAAAUGAGGAUCGAGUGCAGGCUCGAAGGAGGAUGUGGUGGCUUGUUACCUGGUUUUGCAGUGCAGCAGCCGUAUUAUUUGUAUACAACGCCUCAUGGCCAAAAUUUUUCAUUAUUUCAGUAUCAAUCAUGGGGAGCACUCUGAUCCUGUUCUUAUUGGGUAUCUGUGUUUAUCAUUGCAAAGAAUCAGCUGGCCGUGGCAGGCGAUUAUCUAUUUUCUCUGUUGUCAAGCCCUCCAUACUGAAAUGGAGGCUCGAUGAUCCCACUUCCCCAAAUCAGUUCUUUGGUAAUGAUGGAAAUCAAUUAUAUUUGUCACCUCGAAUCAAAAUCCUCGGAAGGCUAAACAAAUCUGCCAUUAUAGAGUCCUCCAAUCUUAGCCCAGAAGAACAACGAAACGCGGGAAGGCUUUGCACAGUGAGAGAGGUACAGGAGAUAAAACUUCUUUUUAAAAUGAUUCCCCUGUGGAUCAACUUCCUUGUUUUGGGUUUGUUAUUAUCAACAGGAGAUACCUUUUUCCCUGAGCAAGGAAACAACAUGAUUCAUGCAAAUUUGAUCGACAUUUUGGUUAUAAUUCGACCCAUUUCGCGCAAAAUCCUGGACUUUCUGUUGAAGUUACUUGUUCGAUACUGGGAUACAAAAACUAAGAAAAAAGCCCAAAUUUUUAAAAUUUGGGCUGGAAUGCUGCUCUCUGUCUUCUGCUUUACUGUUGCCUGGCGGCUUGAAGAUCACCGCUUGAAUAUAGUCAUCGAAGAAGGAUUACUAGAUGAGGCUGAUGACGUGACUGUUCCGAUGAGCAUCUUUUGGCUAGCUCCACAGUUCAUCCUUUUAGGUCUCAUACAGGGCCUUGCCACUGAUGGGUUGGAUGAAUUUGUGACUUACGAGUUCCCGGAAUCCAUGCAGGAAUACGUAAAAUCAAUCAAUGGGCUUGUCAUCGGAAUGGGAAGCUUCCUUAACAUAUUAUGUGUCCAUGCAAAUGGAAGCCUUUUCUCUGACACUUUGAACCAUAGUCACCUGGACAAGUACUAUCACACAAUGACAGUGGUUGGUUACAUCAAUUUUUGUAGCAGUUUUUUCAUUUCAACAAUCUAUACGAGGGAUGAAGGUAGGGUAGCAGUGGAUGAGAUCAUACAAACACCUGAUGCUGAUCCAGUUUAAUCAAAACUUUAUUAGCUAAUUAUGUUUAUUCAUUUUUGGUUGAUGAAUUUGUUCACUCUUUGCUCUUGUAACUUAGUUUACAUGCACGAAUGAUGUCUGUUUAUGUUAUAAAUUUUCAUUUAUUAACUCA